AGGCGUUGUCUGUAUAUAGUAUAUAUAUAAACUUGAAGUCAGAAAAUUUCGUUAAGUGUAAGAGAUGUAUUAUAAAUUUUAAUUUGUUGUAGAUUGUAAAACAACUCUAUAGUAUAUUAACAAGAAUUAAAAUUAUAUACGAAAUAUCAGAAGAGCGUCAUGUUUUUCCCAGUUGGAUGGCCACGAGUUUUACGCAGUCCAGAACCGGAAAAGAUAUGUUCAAUUGUUUGCAAUUAUGAAAAGAUUCUCUUUAGUAUUCUUUAUGUAGAUGCCGUCACUAUUUGGUAUUGUAAACCCUGUGUGCCGAUUACCCAUCAAAGACGUACGAAAGAAUCUUUACAAAAAUAUGGGAGAAAUAAUCUUCUUCAGUGGCACCCAGAUUCAAAUAUGAUUGUUAUUGCAACUGAUGAUAGCUAUUUAAUAUUUUAUAAAAUAAUAAAUCAAUCUGACGAGACCAGAUAUCCUUAUCAAGAGAGGGAUUCCCCUAUCAAUGGACUAAAAAGAGAUAGUGCAGAAUUGUUUAUUAAGGAAUCAGUUCCCUCAAUUUCUUUAAAAUUUGAUAAAUGUGUGUGGAUAGAUGGAAGAAUAAAUUCUAUAACGUGUAUUCGUAAUGAGUUGAUGAUAGCUACAAAAACUAGUUUUAUCUUUCGGUUCAAAUGGGAUGGCACACAAAAUCGAGAUUAUGCUCUAGACUUGAGGAGAAUACCUUUCAGUAUUGACCAACAAAUAUCAACUUUUGCAGCCCCUAUAACUGACAAAAAUGUACAUGUUUCCAGUAUUGAAUAUUCUGCUUUGUUUGGUGGGUUUGCAGUAGUUUUUAAUUGUGGAAAAGCAGCAUUUUUGACAGCUCAAUCACCAAAGUUUGAUCCAAAUCAAGUGCAAGGAGUAUGGGCUAAGAAUAUAGAGGAUGCAACUUGUUUAGCAGUAAAUCAUAAAUAUCGAUUGAUUGCCUUUGGAAGAAAAAAUUCAAGUGCUAUUAUAGUCUAUAUAGAUGAAACCACAGGUUCAUUAGAAACAUGCCACAAUCUGUUGUUGUCUUCUAAAGAUUAUCCUGGUACACCAGGGCCAGUUCUGUCUUUAAAAUGGACACCUGAUGAUUGUGCUAUUGUAUUAUCAUGGGCAAGUGGGGGUAUUUCUAUAUGGAGUACUUUUGGUGCUCUGUUAUUAUGCACGUUAAAGUGGGACUAUGGAUUAAAUUUUGAUACUACACAGAGUGACCCCUUUCAUGUAGUUACAAUGGAAUGGUCAUCAGAAGGUUAUCAACUUUGGAUGUUGAAAAAUAUUGAUUUUGUAAAAGAUAAACAUUCAGUGGUCCAAUGGGACUUUGUGAAAAGUCCUCUUACAGUUAAUCCAUGUAUGUCUCAUUAUCAACAUAUAUACUUGCAAGGAGAUGACCGCCUUUAUAUCAAUUUAGGACAUAAAAUUUUUUCAAGUAAUGGAAAGAUCCAUUUUGCUAAUGGGGAGCAUGCAAAUGAAUUUUGCCAUUAUUUGUCAGGUACAAAGCAAUGGCUUGUUAUUCCUAUUCCAAACGCAUACACAAGUUGUAAUUGGCCCAUCAAGUUUACUGCUAUUGAUGAAGAUGGACAGAGUAUAGCAGUGGCUGGAAAAAAAGGUUUAGCUCACUAUUCAAUGUUGUCACGUAAAUGGAAAUUGUUUGGUAAUGAAUAUCAAGAGAAAGACUUUAUAGUAACUGGAGGUCUUCUUUGGUAUCAUGGAUAUUUAAUUACUAGCUGUUACUCGAUACCAGAAAAUCAACAUGAGAUUAGACUGUAUCCAAGAGACUUUCGAUUGGAUAAUAAUUAUGUCAUAUCAGUAAAGAUGAAUUCAGAGAUAUUAUUGCUAAAUAUAUUAAAGAAUCAUCUUUUAGUAUUUAGUAUGGAUCUUCAAAUCAACAUUUUUAAUUUGAAAAGAAAAAUUGAAAAAAAUAAUGACUACAUUGAAGUAACACUUAUGUACACUGUCGACAUUAAUGGUCUAAGUCCACAUCCACUUUGUGUUGUUAGUGCAUGUUUAACGAUGAUUCAUACAGAAAAAAUAGAUAAUAAUUCACAGUCAGAAACACUCUUGCUAAAUGUUUCUGGAAAACUUUUUAUGGUACAAAGAGAUCACUGGUCAAAGAAAACAGAUUCCUUAUUAGUAUGUACAGCUCCAACAGUUCUAGCAUCAAAUGUUGAAAACUUAUGGGUUCCUAGUGAUUCAAAAAAGAGUAAACCUCAUCUAACUGAAAGUGUGUGGCUGUUUUGUGGAUCUCAUGGGAUGAAAGUGUGGCUUCCUUUGUUUCCAAAGCAUGAUCAGAACAAUAAAAUUUAUACGUUUACAAGUAAAAGAAUUAUGUUACCGUUUAAUUUGAAAAUAUACCCCUUAACAAUUUUGUUUGAAGAUGCAAUCAUACUUGGGGCAGAAAAUGAUACUGUUCUCUAUACAUCAGAUACAAGUUCACCAUUCAUACUUCCCUUCAGCAUACUAGGAUUGACCAGUCAAGUUUAUUUGCACCAAAUACUUAGACAGCUUAUUCAUCGUAAUUUAGGCUAUCAUGCUUGGGAAAUUGCAAGAUCUUGUACAUCUCUUCCAUAUUUUUCCCAUUCUCUAGAAUUAUUACUUCACGAAGUUUUGGAGGAGGAAGCGACAAGUAAAGAGCCUCUUCCUGAUGCACAGCUUCCUUCAGUUGUAGAAUUCAUUCAAGAAUUUCCUGGCUUUUGGAUAAAAGCUAUUGUUCAAUGCGCAAGAAAAACAGAAAUUGCUUUAUGGCCAUAUUUAUUUUCUAUUGUGGGAUCACCUAAAUUGCUUUUACAAACGUGCCUAAAUCAUCAAGAAUUAGAAACUGCUGCUAGUUAUCUUUUGAUUCUUCAAAAUUUUGAAGCAUCUACAAUAAGUAAACAAUACGCGACUUUAUUACUCACUGCUGCAAUAAAACAAGGAAAUUACGAACUAUCUCGGGAUCUAGCUCGUUUUCUCAAAGCUGUUGAUCCCAAUGAUAUUGCAAUAGAUCAUGAUCUGUUAAAUACUAAUGAUGUGAUCAUCAAACCUUAGGACUGUCUUUAUCAAUUGUUAUAUUUGUAAUAUAUAUAUAAUUAGU